UUUUCACAAAGCAGAGUAUACUAUGUUUACUUGUGUGAGUAAAGCUAUUGCUAUUGCGUUCAGUAAGGUGACGGGACGUACACUCGAAUGGCGAUAGGUGGUAAAUUCGGCUUUUGUGGGCAAUGGUUUAAAUUAGAGCAAAUAUUUUGAUAAAGGCUAAACAUAUUCCACGUUUUUUAUAAAUUGGACUAGUAUAUAUUGAUACUUACAGUGUAAGAAUUAUUAAAUACUGGAAGACUCUUUGAAACCUAGAACAUUACAUCGGUUAGCUGCAGUGAUUUACAUCAUUCUUUUCUUAAUGCAUUGGUGCAGUGGAAAAUAGUGUUGAUUGUGAUCAUUUGUUAUGUUAUUACUUGGAUGUUUUAAAAAUGGUUAGUGUUAUUGCCAGUCAUAACCUCAACCCUGAGGCUUGAUACGUCGAACUAUUCUGUGUCGACCCGUGCGAGGUGUUGCGCUCUAUAUAGAACUAUCUGUUAUAUAUGAUUCAACGGGAGUAUCCAAUGAACAACGGGUUUAGUACAGGAGAAGAAGAUUCUAGAGGUAAUUCCGAUCAAAUAUGUUGCCUAGUGGAUGACAGUGAUCGAUGUAGGCGACCCGCUGGCAAUGCAUCGUACGGUAAACGCAUACAGAGAAAUGUUAAGAGGCUCAAACUCAAUAUCGACUCCCAGGCAAGACAUACAUAUAUCUGUGAUCACCAUAAAAAAAUGAUACAAGAUGCAAGAGCAAAACAAAGGAGGCCCAAGGAUUCCGAAGAUGAUAGUAAUGAAGUAGAGAUGGAAGCCCCAGAAGUGGACUGGUUUCAAUUGCAAGUGAAUACUCUUAGGCGGUACAAAAGACAUUAUAAGGUGCCCACAAGGCCAGGUCUGAACAAGGCUCAACUAGUCGAAGCUGUCCAAAAACACUUCAAGACAUUGCCAGUCGAUGAAAAGGAGAUUGUCACUUACUUUAUAUAUAUGGUGAAAACUAAAGGGAAUAAGUUAGAUCAGAAAAAUGGCAUGAACUUAGACUCGCUUUAGUGCUAUGUAAAUAUUUCUUUAAUUUUUAUAUAUUUAGUACAUAGAUUAUUUCUCUUCUUGAAUUUACAAUCAAUUAUAGGGUUGUCCUCUGUUGAUGUUAAUAAAAAUGAGCAAUGUUAUUAAAUGAUAAUUUUUAUACAAUAUUUGUGAUUCAAACAAUAACUCACAGACGGCAAUCGGUAGUUAUUUAGAAAUGAAUUGUAAUAACAUAUUGCCUUAUACUCUCGAGUUGUGUAACACUCAGCAAAAAUGUAUAAUUAUAAUAUAAAACAAUGAAGUCUUGUAUCCACUAUUUAUUUCAUGUAGUUUAGUAUUGAAUAUGAUUGUUAAUUGACAAGGGAAAUGCAAUGCUACUAAUUCUAAGUAGAUGUAAGAGAGAUUUAACACAAUAAAGUGUAGUUUAUUACAUUUUAUUCGACAAA